ACAGACCCCACGUCUCUGUACGUGUCCGUGUGCCGGUAUGUACUGUCGGACAACGGGCUGGAAGACCUGUACCGCAUGCUGCCGUACCUCAAACAGGCUCUGUCCUGCUGUGUAUGUGAGAAUCUCCUGCAGGACCCCUAUGGACCCCACGGCUCCCCCUGUCAUCACUAUGUCUGCAGGAACUGCCUGGGAGGGAGGAAGGUGUUGCGGCCCCCCUGUGGUUGGUGUGCCGAGUACCGUGACUUCGUGCCCUGCAGACAACAGCACAUCCUCCUCAACUGUUACAAGAAGCUGUGCGAAUACGUGGCCUGCACUAACAGUGGGCGGUCUCUCCUCAGUGCUAACGGAGCAUCAAGCAGCGUCCUGACGUCCCUCCAGGAAGGUCUGAUGUUACCGUGUGACUCCCCUCUCCCUGACAGGGAGGUGACUCUACUGACAGGCAGAGGGCCCACUUCAGCUCCUCCUGUACACACUACACAAAGAUCAGUCAGAGGGCGCGGUUCCCAUCGCGUACACAGGCGCUGGAGAAGAGGCGGGCGGGGACGGGGCAGUCGCGGCGGGCUCGGGCGCGGCGGCUUUCACCAUCAGCGCCGGUCAAUCAUCUCCAUCAAGCCCCACGGGAACCGUUGGCGACAACGCGGGGUCGCAAGCCGCGGUACCCGCCACCAGGUCAUCAGUCGCGAGAUCCGUAACCUAGCGGGGUGGGGCAGCUUCCACCAAUUAGAACUCGACGACAAACAAGAAGAGACUGAGGUUGAAGACAACGUAUCUGUCGCAUCGAACCCUCCACCCGAGAAACGCUCGUGCAGAUGUGGCACGUUCUGCGAACCGAGCGAGUUAACGUGCCACAGACAGCGCUGUCCGUGCUACUCGAACCAGCUGUCAUGCGCCGGCUGUCGUUGUCGUGGCUGUAAAAAUCCAUACAAGGAUGACAGCGUGAGGAAAGAGGAAAAAGGGGCAGAGUAGAGUGACUGAUCAUGUUCUAAAGUGAACAUAGAAGCUCCUUGAAUUGGCUUAUAGGAAUUUAAUUCUUGACAUGGAUCAAACUCACACGAACAAUGAAGUAAUGGGAAGUGGACAGGAUUUUAGUCUGCUAAGGAAAUUUUCAUGGUUGUAGGAUUUGAGUGUUGUUCCAACAUAGAAGAAACAUUCACCAUGAAUUUUCCCUACAACCUUCAUCAUAUGUCUGAUUCACCGUGCUGACUUUUUGGAAACUGGGAGCAUGAUGACAUCAGGAGUGAAUCAAAGGUAGCAAAAAGACAGAAUCUACCACCAUCACAGCAUCUUGGAUUCGAGGCUUUAAAAAUCUUUUAUGGUCAAGUCUUAUUGGAUAGAAAAUAGUUUCAUCAGGUUGGUAGAAUAUAGGUUGAAGGAGAAUUCUUAUUACAAAACCAGACAGUAGGUACUUAGUAAUACAUUCCUUACGUUUCGAUGUCUCUCAGACAUCUUCGUUAGAGCUUCUAACUGGAGUUUCUGCUUCUCACCGCUAUAUGUAGCCAAUGUAGGUGGCGCUCUGGAUAAGAUCAAUCCCAGUGAUGAACUGGGACGAGGGAGGAUACAAGCUAAGCCACGUUUGAGACUGUUUUCUCACUGCAAAAUUGCCACCUACAUCGGCUACAUGUAGCAGUGAGAAGCAGAACUCCAGUUAGAAGCUCUGACGAAGGUGUCUGACAGACAUCAAAACGUAAGCAAUGUAGGUACCUAUGUGUAAUAAAAAUUCUCCUUCAUCUUAUUGAAUAGUUUCCAAUGCAGAAUGUUGAAUGUACCCUCUACACAAUUAAGCUAUUUGGACCUACUUGGUAGGAUAAGACUGUGAAAAUAGUAUUUAUGAAAUAUUGGUGUUUACAGUGCCUGUAUGUAGAGAUAGCAGUGCGUGUUAAUUUUUUGUGUGAUUACAAUUGUUUAUGCCUUUAUGACUUAGGACUAUUGUCUUGGAUUCAUCCAAACAUGUAUUCAGUUUAAGAAAUUAAGAAAGUGAAUUUCCAGUGACAAGUUAGUUCCAAUAAAGAAGUAAGUUUAGUGCAUUUUGUGGGUAAGUUUGUAUGUUUGUGCUUAUGUGUGCUUGCUAUAGUUGUAAACUGUAGUACUUUGUACUUAAUGAAAACAAAAAAUACUUUGUCAGAUUCAUGGAGAAAUGUAGGCUAUAGAAAAAGAUGGUGAAAUGUAGUGUCCUUAGCAGACUCAAAGAGUCAUUUAGACAAUAAGAAACCAAGUCCAAAUACAACUGAUUAUUCUGGAAACAAGCACAAGUUUCUAAAAAUCCUGAAUUGACAGGCUAAAUUACCUGUAAGAAAUUAUUUACAACAGGAAAGUAUCAAGUGAUGUAUAGUUUGUGUAGAAAUGUAUAUGCUUAUGCUUGUGUGUACUUGUGAUAUAGAGUUCAGGGGUGCCAAAGUAUUCGUUUUUUUACGGAAUUCGUAUGGGUUUGACAGAUUUCAUAGAAUACAUACAAAUUGUACAGAAUUCGUACAAUUUACUACUGAGAAACAUAUCCAAAAAAAUCGUAUUAAUGCCAUAAAAUUUGGCAUAUAUUUCUUAGUUCUGGAUCGUAUGGAUUCAUAAACUUCAUAAUUUAUCUAUUUAACUUCAUAAUGUAUCCUAGUAGUGAAUUGUAUGAAUUCUGAAAAAUUUCGAUGUAUUCUGCUGAAUUUCUUGAAAUCCCCGUAUGAAUGGCCAGCCUGGUAAGUAUCUUCUGCCUGGUGGCUAUUUGCUGUAGUAUGUAAUGAUGGCAUCCCAAUAUGUGAACAAUGACAACUUGUAUUUGGUGAUGUUGCUAUUUAUUCCUAAGAGAGGAAGAGAGAGCCAAAUAAUGGAUAUAUGAACUAGUACUGCCUUGAAUUAAUAAUGUGAUGGUGCUCCUCUCAAAAAUCGACAUUUAUUACAAUUUGCAAAUCAUUAACAGAACAUCGACCACAUCAACUGUAAAUCUAUGUCUUUAUUUCAUGUACAGAAAAUAUCCCAAUAAAUAUUGUCACCAUAGAAAAAA